UCCAAUCCUAAAGUUUGACCACGCAUUGUCUUAGCACGAGUGGAACUAAUGUCAGUUCAGGACCCAAUCUAGUGUUCUCGUCUUGAGACACUUUGAGUUUACCAGUGUACACAUAACCUUAUCUAGAGUUUGGCCACUGACACAAGUCAGACUGUUGACAUCUAGUCAAACUGCUAUGUAGUCAGAAAUGAUUUAAACGAGUUUAUAUUGGUUUGAGAGAGGUUUGACUAGAAAAGUGAAAACAGGAUUCUAAAGGUCCCUAUACAAGGCUUGUGAUUACGAGAUAGACUUCAGAACAAAAAAAAGAGUCAUGCCUAGUACAGUGACGCCACUUAAGUCGUGCAUUAUCUCUUUGUGUCUGAUAUAUUUGGCGACACCCGUUGCGUCAGAGCUGAUGACGUCACAGAAGUACCAUCACCACUUGACCAUAAAGUACUUUACUCAAGCUAGCAUGGUAUGCGACCAUCCUGACUUGAACGUCACUCUGCUGCGUGACGUUCGCUACUUGAGCUGGAUGCUGCCAGACGGGACCAUGGUGGACGCCAGCUCUGAACUGGAUCCUCGCCUUUACUUCAUCUCAGGCCCGGAUACCCUGUCCGAGCCGGCGUUCUCCGCCUACAACCUGACCGCUCUCAACGUCGACGACGCCUCUUUCGGCUACUACACCUGUCUGGUGGUGUACAACACUCAAGGGCGACUGCCCACGGCGGUCCGCUGGGGGCUGAACGUAGAUGGCGCCGACUUUUCGGACCUCUUGGAAACUUACAAGACCAACGCCAUCAUUGGGGGCUGCGCUGCGGCGGCCAUGCUUCUGGUGGUGGGGGGUGGCUGCCUGAUUUGGAACGUCAGAAAUGGACAGAGGAAUGCGAACGAAGAGGACGAGGACAAAGCGGACGUGGAUAUGGAUAAUGUGGUGGGGCCAAAAGUUCAAGGACAAGACCAAAACAACCACGCCUACGUGAGUGACAUAGAAGCCACCACAAGCAUCGACAACUACUCGGAGGUAGUCAAACACAACGUCAACAUCAAAAUGUAGCAUUGAAUUCCCUCAAUAUGAAGAAAUGUAUUUCAAUAGGACAUUCUCUAUUACAGCAAACGUACAAUUAAUGCGUGCAGUCUAAUUUCUUAAUUUCGAUAUUCACGAGACAUUUUUGAUUGCAAACAAUGUCAAGGGCGCUAUUGUAAAAGAUCAAAGUGGCCAACUUAAUAAUAAAAUCAUUUCGUGCGCAUAGUGCCCCAAGUGAGCUUAGAUGUAAUUUUUAAGUGUUAAAAAACAGUUCAUAUAAUUGGUCGUAUAACUUUUGAAUUACAUAGCAAAUCAACACGUCCUAUAUUAUGUACACCGAACUUCUAGCUAUCUAGAAUUACCCAGCAUUCAUGAACAUCUCCUAUACAGGGGUUCUCAACCAGGGGUUGCCUAAGACCAUCGAAAAUAUGAAUUGUUAUUUGUCUAUUUUUCUAUUGUUGUACGUGUGUGGGGGGGGGGCGGGAUCGUUGCAGAGUGUGGGAUUGUAAAAAGGGGUCGCCGAGCUUAAAAAGUUGAGAACCACUGUCCUAUAGGAAACAAGAUCUGAACUCACCAAUAUCAAGAAAUUCACUUUGCAAUAUCAAAACAUCAAUCAAAAUUCCAGUAGACGUGUCGGUAACAGCCUAGCACUUUAUUUAUAUAAUAGCAAUAGGUAGAUCUGUACUUAACACUUUAUCUCUACUUCAGCGAGAAAACAUUCUUUGUUGGGUGACACCUUUUUUUUUUUUUUUUGUAUUAGUUAUGACUUGAUAAAGAACUUUAAAAUAAGUAUUUGGAUCUAGAAUCUAGAUCUAGAUUUGAAUAGCUACUCGGAGAUAUUAUAACGCAUUUGUGUGUGUGUUUGUGUGGUUUCUGAAAACGGGGAUUGAAUGUGAAGGAUGAUCUGUACCUUAGUCACAAGUUGACUGUUAAUUGGGUGCUCAAGGUAGCGCCCUUCUGUCAAAGGGGAUCAUUACAUUGCAGAAGUGGUGUGCAGUGCUGGCGUCUAGGGUAAUAAGACGUACAAUUUUUUCUGCCGUCCUCCCUCGGGUAUUCAUUAUGUGUCUUUUUAAGUACAUGUGUUGGUUUUAUUUUAGGUUGUUGAAUUGAUUUAGUUUUCAUCAUUGUAUAUGUGUGGUACAAAACACACAAAGUUGUUCUCAAUACCAUAAAGUAAAGGUCAUGACUUGGUUAAUUUAUGCAAAUACAAGUAAAUUACAUUUUUUCUGUUGUGUUUAAAUCCAUUAAAGAUUUUAGCUUGGAUGUUAAA